AUGUCGGACUCUGAGCUGUCCCAGGGCACGCUGGUGUUCGGCCUCCACCUCUGGGAGCUCGUCGGCAUCGGUGUCGGUGCCGCAUUCGUGCUCCUCCUAGUCCUCCUCUCCCUGCUCUGCCUCCUCGCCUCCCGCCGCCGCCGCCGCCGCCGCGCCGCCCCCGUCCUCCAACUCCCCGUCGUCGUGCCCAAUGCCCAGCCCAAGCACCCCGCCGCCAAGCCCCCCAAGGACAUCCAGGAGGUGCCCUCCCGCGGCGCCGCGGCCCCCGCCGCUGCCCCGGCCAAGGCGCCGCUCGCCCAGGUUCUGCAGGCGCCGCCGCCGGACUCCAUCCAGAUCGAGACGGGGAAAGAGCACCGCAUCACGUUCCCGGAGCAGCCGCCGCCCCCGCACCACCAGCGGAGCGGGGGGCCCUCGUCUCGGGGCGCCAGCGGGGAGAGCCGUGGCGGUGGCGGGGAGCCGGGGGUCCCGGAGGUCUCGCACCUGGGGUGGGGCCACUGGUACACGCUCAAGGAGCUCGAGGACGCCACGUGCAUGUUCGCCGACGAGAAGGUGAUCGGCGAGGGCGGCUACGGCAUAGUGUACCACGGCGUGCUCGAGGGCGGAGUGCAGGUCGCCGUCAAAAACUUGCUCAACAACAGGGGGCAGGCAGAACGGGAAUUCAAGGUUGAGGUGGAAGCUAUCGGUCGGGUGCGACACAAGAACCUUGUGCGGUUGUUAGGAUAUUGCGCUGAAGGCAACCAAAGGAUGCUUGUGUAUGAAUAUGUUAAUAAUGGAAACUUGGAGCAAUGGCUCCAUGGUGAUGUUGGUCCUGUGAGCCCUCUUACAUGGGAUAUAAGAAUGAAGAUUAUUCUGGGAACAGCAAAAGGUUUAAUGUAUUUGCAUGAGGGGCUUGAGCCAAAGGUGGUUCACCGUGAUGUCAAGUCGAGCAAUAUUCUUCUUGACAAGCAUUGGAAAGCAAAGCUUUCUGAUUUUGGGCUAGCGAAACUUUUGGGUUCAGAGAGGAGUUAUGUCACAACCAGGGUCAUGGGGACAUUUGGGUAUGUUGCACCAGAGUAUGCGGGCACUGGCAUGUUGAAUGAAACUAGCGAUGUCUAUAGUUUUGGAAUUCUUAUCAUGGAAAUAAUAUCUGGCCGUGUACCUGUUGAUUACAACAGGCCACCAGGGGAGAUUAAUCUUGUUGAGUGGCUGAAGACAAUGGUCAGCAACAGAAACUCUGAAGGGGUUUUGGAUCCAAAGAUGACUGAGAAGCCUACUUCUAGGGCAUUGAAGAAGGCUUUGCUAGUGGCUCUCUGCGAGAUGAGCGUCGGGGUGGAAAAGCUCCAACUCAAGCAAGAUCGGUGGAAACACCUGCAAGUGAACCUGGUGAUAGCAGCGGAAAUAACACCCCAAAGGAUGCACCGAAGGGAGAACCUUUCAAGUGGAAAAAUCAGAAAGACUAGCCAUCAGGAAAACGGUGAUUGCUAUGAGUCUGUGCUUGAUAAAGAAACUGGAUAUCGUGUAGGGACAGAGAAAAGAUCAUCUGCAGUCUCAUCGGUUGGUUGUCAUAGCAAUGUGACUGCUCAGCUGUUCAGGCUGGAUACUUUCAAGUACAGUGCAGCUUGUGCCAUGCAUGGGAUGCUGUUGGGGCGCGUCUCCUGCACUCCUGCUUGUGAGGGCCUGAUUGUAGUAGGCUUGCAGCUGCCGUUGUUUGGCACAAAAAUAAGACACAGUCAGGUCCUGUGUCCACUUGGAGAUGAGACGACGACAGGCAAGGAGCUGGCCCCGACGACGAUGAGUGAAAUAUCAGCUUCGACGGGCCCGAUGGAAUCGCUGUCCAAACACCACGCGGCUAAGGGCACGUUCGCGAGGAAUCGCUGUCCAGAUGCUUUUCGGUUACGGAUGAACAUUUUCCGUGCGUCAUACGCUGCAGUCCCCGUACAGCCCGUGGAGCCUGACGGGACGAUGACCACCGCCGACAGGUUCCUGUCGGUGGCCACUCCGUAUAGGGAUGACGGAUCCAUUUAG